AUGCAGCCAAAUCACUGCGACCUUCUGAGUCAGGUGCGUGAGCCUGGAGCUGCAAGUCGGAUGACGCGCGAUGGCCAUCAGCCGCUUCGAGAUAAUAGUGGUCAGCCCCAGCCAUCUGGUGCGGCACCCAUGAGAUCAGAGGAUUCUUGGAUCGACGUAUCCUCACAGCCGUCUUCCUCCUCCUUCUCCUCGGCUGCUACCAACGAUGAUAUCAUAACCACCGGCUUGCGAGUCGAACAUGGAGAGGCGGCGGCAUAUCAGCGUCGCAAUCGGCGACGUCGUCUACAACAUCUUGCUGCGAUCACCACAGCCCAGGUAGACUAUUCAUCGCGGGACACUAGCCAAGCCAGUAGCAGCCAAGAGGAAUAUGAGGAGAGCGACAGCGAGUCGGAUCGAGUCCUCAGCAGUUCGAAUGAAGAUAUGAACCGCCCGACACUCCCAGAUUCUUUAGCACCUCGCUCUGUACCACCCUCGUCAAGUCCAGACGAAAUCUCCAGUGACGAGGAAGAUGAUACUUCCACUGCUUUGGGGAUGGGGAUAAGCCCAUCACCAUUCGUUCCCCAACCGAACAUAUUUACACACCCACCACCCACAUCAAAUGAAUCAUGGGCUCGUGCUCCUGAUACGCGACGUGCUCACUCCGACAUACCAUCUACCUCGAACCGACGCACAGGCCCUCGAAGAGAAUCAUUCCCCAGUCCACGAUCCUCGCGGAGGACUCAACACCAACAUAGCCCCUAUAACAUGAUAUCACCUUCUCACCAUGCUGAUCACGAUGCCGCUCUUCGUGCUAGCUUAUCAACCCUGCUUUCAUGCGCCGCUGCCGCCAGAGGCUUGCCAAAGAAUGAUAGUCAACCAUCGCCCUCACCAGCCACCACAUCAAGAGGCGCACGGCCCGCUUCUUUCCGACUAGUGGGCGAAUCUGUCGCCAUGGGCGAGGAGAGCGGCGACGAAGAGGUCUCGCCGACUCAGUAUCCAGAGACAAGUCCCUCUAUCGGUGUACCGAGACAGAUGCGCGCACCCACAGUGCCAUCUGGCCCAGUUGUAGCCAAAGCAAAGCGGCGAUCGAGCCCAUCAAAAGAUCGCAACGCUGUCUCAAAGAAAAGUCGGCGCGCGAGCAUGAUAGACUCGACAACGCCUGUCAGCCCCACUAUCAUGACAUGGGUCAUCAGUGCCGGUGUUGUUGUACUGUUCUCUGCUAUCAGCUUCUCCGCCGGAUACAUGCUCGGCCGUGAGGUCGGGCGAACCGAGGUCGGGAUGAUGGGUGAUGGUGUUCCUGGUCCUCGCCCCUCGGUAGGCUGUGGCCAGGAAGCUGUUCGGGGUGGACUCCGAAAAUUACGCUGGGGAUCGGCAGCUGCCGGGACUGCAAGCCUCGCAUGA